AUGGAAAAUCAGCCCCAAAGGGAAGUCGAGUUGAACUUGAAUGAUAUUGUUAGUGAUCCGGGAAAACGCAAGCCAAUUGAAGAGUUCGAUGUUUCAAUUCGUGAUAGAGUACGAAGAGAGUACUUGAAUAAGGGCCCUUGUCAACCAAUUGGACAUAAGUAUGAAAAAAAGAAAUAUGGUAUUCAAGAAAGAAGUUUUCAAGAUAUUUGGUUUAAAAAGUAUACAUGGCUAGAGUAUAGUGUAUCAAAGGAUGCAACUUUUUGCUUUUGGUGCUACCUUUUCAAGAAAUCAGAUAAAGGAGGUCGACAAUCAGACGAUGCUUUUACAAAGACAGGUUGUAGCAACUGGAAAAAUGCACUAGAAAGAUUCAAUUAUCAUGUUGGAGGCGUGAAUAGUUGUCAUAAUCAUGCUAGAAUUCAGUUCGAAGCUUUUCAAGAUCAAAGGAACAGUGUGGCAAGUAUAUUACGGUCAAAUACUCGUGAGAUGGAAGUUGCAUAUCGCAUUCGGUUGACACUCUCAUUGAAUGUGACUCGGUUUCUCUUAAAGCAAGGAUUAUCGUUUCGUGGACAUGAUGAGUCAAGUAGUUCUUUAAAUCGAGGUAAUUUUAUUGAGUUGCUUCUAUGGUUUAGUGAACUUAACGAUGUUGUAUCCAAAACUUUGUUUGCAAAUGCUCCUGCUAACAAUCAAAUGAAUUCACCACGAAUUCAAAAGGAAUUAGCAAAUGCUUGUGCUUCUGAGGUCACACUUGCCAUAGUUAAUGAUAUUGGAGAUAAAGUUUUUACUCUUUUGGUUGAUGAGGCUCGAGACGUUUCAAUGAAGGAGCAGAUGGGAGUUGUUUUAAGAUAUGUGAAUAACGAAGGAUAUGUGAUUGAGCGAUUUAUUGGGAUCGUGCAUGUAACUGACACUUCCUCUCAUACUUUGAAAUGUGCUAUUGAUGAUUUAUUGGUGAAGCAUAAUUUAUCUCUAUCUAAAGUGAGAGGGCAAGGAUACGAUGGAGCUUCUAAUAUGAGGGGUGAGUUUAAUGGAUUGAAAUCCUUAAUAUUGCAAGAAAAUCCAUAUGCCAUGUAUAUUCAUUGUUUCUCUCAUCAACUCCAAUUGAUUGUUGUUGCGGUUGCCAAGGGUAUUAGAGUUGUGAAGGAUGUUUUUAGCUAUGUCUCCCUGAUUGUGAAUAUGGUCGGGGCAUCUUGCAAGAGAAAAGAUCAACUUAGGCAGUUGCAACAUGAAAGAUUAGUUGAACAACUUAAUGAUGGAGAAGUCAUAAGUGGAAGAGGUAAAAAUCAAGAAACUAGUUUGUGUUGGAAGUUGUACGUGACGAUGCUACUCUCCGUGAUAACAGAAGUACCACUGAAGGAUUGA